AUGAAGCUCCGUCUUGUCGCUGGGUAUCUGGCGCUGGUCACUGUUGCGUCGCUGUUCAACUCGGUGUAUGGCGAUGACUACUCUUGUUCUGCUGCUAAACCUUGUUCCAAUGGGGCUUGUUGCGGUGUUUCUGGGUACUGUGGAUAUGGACCCACGUACUGUGGAACCGGAUGCCAGUCAAAUUGCACUGCGACCGCGGAAUGUGGCCAAUACGCCGCCGUCCCAGGCACAAAAUGUCCUUUGAACGUCUGUUGUUCUCAAUAUGGAUUCUCGCCCGAGUUUUGCGAUGUGGGCCAAAAGUGUCAGUCUGGCUGUGGUCAGCCGUCCAAACCAUCGGGAAAAGGAUAUUCGGCUUCUCAGCGCGUUAUUGGUUACUUUGAGUCUUGGUCUGGCACUCGCCCCUGCGAUCAAUGGGACCCAACUAUGAUCUCCGCUACCCAGAUUACCCAUCUCAACUUCGCCUUUGCCUUGAUCGACUCUUCUAAUCAUAUCACUCCCUCUGCUCCAAGCGAUGUUAGCUUGUACAAACAAGCCAUGUCGUUAAAGGAUAGCAAUCCCGACUUGAAAAUCUUCAUCAGUAUUGGCGGCUGGGCAUUCAAUGAUCCUGGUCCGACUCAGAAACGGUUUAGCACAAUGGCAUCUUCGUCUGCGAACCGAGCGACUUUUAUUUCUUCUUGCAUUCAGUUUAUGAAGACUUAUGGGUUUGACGGCGUCGAUAUCGACUGGGAGUACCCCGUUGACGAUCUCCGAGGUGGCGUCCCCGCAGACAAGGCGAACCUCAAUAGUCUCUUGAAGGAGUUCCGAGCUGCGAUCGAUAGCUCAGGUGUAGCAUAUGGUCUGACGAUCACCACUCCGUCUUCAUACUACUAUCUCGACACUUUGACGUUGCCGAGAUUUCCAAAUGGAUUCAACCAUAUGACGUAUGACUUGCACGGUGUUUGGGAUAAAGAUAGCAAAUUCCUUGGUCCCAACGUCAAUUCGCAUAGUAAUCUCACGGAAAUCGACAUUUCGAUGAAUCUCUUUUGGAGAAACAACGUCCCUUCAAUAAAGUGGCUCUGGGACUUGGGUUCUACGGUCGAUCGUUCCAGCUCGCUAGUUCUUCUUGCACAAAACCUGGGUGCACGUUUACCGGCCGGCCAAAGCAGGCGCAUGCACCGGAGCAGCAGGCGUACUCUCCUACUCCGGUACGAAAUCCAAGCGGCGAUCAACGGAACGUCCGGGAAACGAAAACGCGCGUCGGCGAAUGUUGUUUGGGACAAGACGGCGGCUGUCAAGUAUGCUUACUGGGGCGACCAAUGGGUUUCUUAUGAUGAUGGGGACACGUUCAAACAGAAAAUUGAUUAUGCGAAUAAAUUAGGGCUCGGAGGCAUGCUAUUUGAUACGGGCAACUAUGAUGCUAUCAAUGCUCUGGGAAGCACCGUUGGAGUCCAGAACACAACUCGCAUCAAGGCCAACGGUCAGAAAAACGUGAAAGAGAUUGACAAUUUACAGGGAACCUGUCGUCACACCACAUGUUCGAAAAACCCGAGUUGUCCAUCGGGUUCUCUGCAAUCGCCACAGGCUCGAAACCCGAAACUCACCGCUCAGUGCCCCAAAGGACAAAAACAGUUGAUAUGUUGUCCAUCGAAUAAUAUGCCCCAGUCUUGCCGAUGGGCUGGUGAUCCUCCAAACUGUCGAACAAAGGGAUACUGUAAUUCCGACGAAGAAGAGGUCACUCGUGAUAAAUACGGUAGUGGAUCCUCCAUGUGUACUCAAGGCGACAGGCCGCUGUGUUGCACACCCAAGAAAACCGAAGCUGCGGACCCUCUCAAGUUGUGUAAAUGGUUUGGAACCGCUCCGGGGUGUAGCGAUGGAUUUUGCAACGAUCCGGCAUAUCCCGUACAAGUUACUACCGGGAGUGGGCUGGGUGGAAAUGGUCAAUAUUGUGCCUUUAAUCGAAAAGUGCUGUGCUGCCCUUCAAGCAACACGUAUCUUGACUGUGAAUGGGUCGGAGGUGCCGCUUGUAUCAGCACGAAAUGCCCAUCAGGCAAGGUCUCCAUUGCCAGCGACGCCGAAGGUGGCGGAGACAUUUGUUGGAUUGGGACCCACCGAAACUAUUGUUGUAGGAAGCCAACGGGUCCAGUACCUGACAAACCGCCGACACAAAAUGGUCAUUGGGGCUCUUUGACUGAUGAAGGCUGCAAGAGCGAUGGGUAUCGUCAGUGGAGCAGUAAGUUGCUCGAUAUAUCCGGCUCUUGGGAAGAAGCUUGUGCGAACCACCCCGCAGUGAUUAAGGAUACCUAUUUCUUGAAACCAACUAGCUGUGAUAAAAGUGUUUUCGGAAUAUGGGGGAAAUUCUGGGUUCCCGAUGAUAAAUGCUGCAAAUCAUCGAAAAGAGCUCUUAGUCCAGCACAUUUCGGAAUCGAUGAACGUUCUUUGGCACCUCGCGCGGGCUGUGGCGCUUCGUCAGGAUUCGUAAAUCCGACUCCUAUCAAUCCUGCAAACGGAGUCGUCGCACUCAGUGUUUUCGAACUUUUGAGGUCGUCAAUGAUACGGGAUGCGCUCCAGCAAAUGUGGAACUAUGCUUUCCCCGCGCCGAACUCAGCUCGUGAAACUGGAUUGUUUGUGUUUCAGGUAACCGCCUUUGUUGCUGAAUCUCAGCUCUUGGUUUUUAUCGGAUUCGAAGAACGUGGGGGCUUGGCUCUACUUGAUCAACGCUACCCCGACCCCAAUCAAGUAUAUGCAUAUAAUAUGGGAUCCCCUGGAGCUCACCCAGGGGAUUUGAUAUAUUGGCCGCAGGGUCAAAUGGUUGGCACACUGGCCGACUACACGCUGAUAAUGGUUGCUCACUCACACCCAUUCCUACGAAACCUCGGGUAUGGUUUAGACCCACAACCCUCCGAACCUGAUCACAUACAGGCAUGGCGCUAUGGAAUCCCUUCAAUCGUGGUUACGAGAUUAGGAACUUACCUCGCUGGCCCCUCACGCCGAGUCGCUCGUAGUGGUCCGAAUGAUAGGACAUUAACAAACCUUCUUGACUGGGGAAAUCCUGUAUUUGAAAGACAAUAUUGGGUUGUCCCGCAAGAUCAACAUCCACAGUAUGAUGAAAACAGUUAUCAUCCAAUUGCUGGGAAUGCCGCAUUUACACCAGUUCGUGCUUUGUAA